AUGGUGCUGCGCAGAGUAGGCAAGUACGAGGUGGGGCGGACCAUCGGCGAGGGUACCUUCGCCAAGGUCAAGUUCGCUCAGAACACCGAGACAGGGGAGAGUGUCGCCAUGAAAGUGCUCGAUCGCUCCACCAUUAUCAAGCACAAGAUGGCUGACCAGGUCGCCCCUUUACCUCUCUUCUUCUUUCACGGCUUCCGCUCUUUUGCCGCAAGGUUUAAUCUCUCAUCAGACGUCCUUUAGUCGACGUUUUCGGGAAGAUUGUUUUCGGCAAGGUUCAGUCUUUCUGUGGAUUACCCCCCGCCCCUCUUCGAUUAGGUAUCUUGAUGAUUCCAACUGGCUAUUUCUCAUGGACAAAACGCCAAGGCCCAGGCCCCAUGCCGCCAGUACAGGACGCAGAGGCCGAGCGUAACGCGAAAAGUCUUCGCUCUGUUUGGACCUUGAACGCGUUAGAUUCUCAAAAUCUUCAAAAUAAUUCCUCCAUGCUUGAACCACAGACGGAAAACAUUCAUACCCUGGGUACUUGAGCAAAGUUCUGCCUGCCUUGUAACUCUGUUUGCUGCCCGAAUCUUCUUGAAGAUUUGGUCUCGAUGAUGGUAGGAGUUGACUUUUUUAGUUUUGGGACCUCUCUCCCCAAAAGUGAGGCCGCGACUUGCUUCGGAUGAAGAUUCAGCUGAAAAGCUCAUGCGUUAUUUUGACGCGGCAUUGCUAAGAGAUAGACCAUAGGAAAUGACCUUUUAAGGUCACCUGAAUCCUGCUGGCUAGAAAUUUGGCCGAUGAAGGUAGAAUAUGCUUCACCCAGAAGGUAACGACAAUGCAGACGGUAAGGCUGGGCUUAGUAAAAGGUUACCCAUGGGAAAAAGAACAGCGAAGAAUGCUCCUAUAUAAAAGGUUACAUUCAACCAUUGAAUGCUCGAUUUUCUCUGUAGCAGUGGCACAUAGAACAAAAAAAAAAAACUGCUUACCAUUCAGGGUCACUCAACCUUCGUCUUACUGUUUUUCUUAUUUGCUUCCCUCAGUAUGUUUGUCACCGCUCCUUGUAGCUCUGCAUGUGGCGUCUAAUUUUACUUAAUUUUUUAAUGCUCUUUGGCUAUGAACGUUGUUUAGGUUGUCUAUACAAUGUGCCACGCUGAUGCUUAUCCAGUCGAUAGACUGAUCAUCACACCAGCAUUUAUGUUUUAUCGGUAUCUUGCCGCAUGCCACCACUCUUAUAACUGUACGUAACUCCUUUCCUUCCCUUCCACUUUUUUCAGAUUAAGAGGGAAAUAUCCAUAAUGAAGCUUGUCAGACAUCCAUACGUCGUCCGACUGCAUGAGGCAUGGUUUUAAUAUUUUCUUGGACUCUAAUUAUUUUGAAGCUGCAGUAUCCUGUGUUCAGUUCCCGUAUCUGGUUUUGUUGGUCUGGAAUAGCUCUUAAUGAAUUCCACUUUUUCCGUAGGUUUUGGCAAGCCGUACCAAGAUAUAUAUUGUAUUGGAAUUCAUCACAGGCGGUGAAUUGUUUGAUAAAAUAGUGAGUCUUCAAAGUUACAUUUUCUAUUGCCGGACUUGAUAUUCCAGUGAGAAUAAUGAAAAACAUCAUGCAUAAUAUUUCAUAUAUCAUAAUUUUCAUGUAGAAAUCGGUCCUGGUGGAGACCCAUGAGAUAUUAAGUUGACUCAUAGUUGGCCCUUUUAUACUGCCAAGUCUGGUUCCUGCUCCUUAACUUUACCUGUUCACCAUAUAAUAGCAAUAACUUAUCAUGCAUUUAGAAGUUAUCCUUGCUGAGAGAAAAACCAAGGUGCUUGUUUUAUUUUUCUUUUAUCCGUCUUCCCCGUAUUUACACUGAUCACAUUUUGCAGAUCCACCGCGGUAGGCUUAGUGAAAACGAUGCCCGUAGGUACUUUCAGCAGCUUAUUGAUGGGGUCGAUUAUUGCCACAGCAAAGGAGUUUAUCAUCGAGAUCUGAAGGUCUAUCAUUGCUAAAUUCCAACAAAAAAAGAGAAAUUUGCUUCCCUCUGACAUCGUUGUGCUUCUCUGAUCAUUGUGCAGCCUGAAAACCUUCUUCUCGAUUCACGUGGAAAUCUGAAAAUUUCAGACUUUGGUCUGAGUGCACUACCUCCACAGGUCAAUAGCAUAUGUAGGCUUAUGAUUUACCAGCAAUAUAUCCAGUAUCAUUUUAUGUUUUUGGUUUUAGCUGUAGGGGGUUUGCCUUCUUCACACUACAUGUGGGACUCCAAACUAUGUCGCCCCAGAGGUAUUUGUCUUUGACUUUCUCCUCAGAGUGCUAGAGUAUCAUCUAACUUUACCUAUUCGUAAAUGACAGAAUUAACUUUUAAACAUUAUUGAACUACAUAGUUUGAUUUAUUUGAUGUGUUUCAGAGGAAAAACAAUUGGCGUAGUUAUUGACUGAUAUGAAUUCAUUUCCAUGCAACACAUAAAGUGAUCGUUAGAAAAGCCAUAUGAUUCUGGUUUCUGUUAGCACCAUGUAGACUGGAAUCUCUCCUGUAAUUCUGUCAUUUCGUUUAUACGAACAGAAUUUCAUAUACUUCGUGGGUGACUAACUCUCUGAAACUCUGUUAAAGUCCGCAAUGCGUUUCUUGAUUAAAAAAAAAAUGCACGCAUUUUGGCAGGUUCAUGAGUGGCCAUCUAAAACUAUGACUUCAAUUUUUUGAGACACUGUUGCUGUCCUACCCCCCUUCAAUGUUUAAUUGUAUGGGCUGGAUUCACCUCGGAUUAAAUAAUUUGCCUUCUUUUUUCUUCAUGUUCGUCUGUGUGUUCUCAAAAAUUCUGCAUGCUCAUGCAUCCAUGUAACUGGAUUAUCAUGAUCGACAAGUUUUUGUCAAUGUUUGUGUUCCUAUAUUGCAUAACUGCUACAUCUUUUGUCCUCACAAUAUUUGAAAUUUGAUUUCUGGCAUGUAUCAGGUGCUUCAACAUAAGGGUUACAAUGGUGCUCUGGCAGAUGUCUGGUCUUGUGGUGUCAUCCUUUAUGUUUUACUGGCAGGGUGUUUGCCAUUUGAUGAGGUUGAUCUACCCACACUAUACAACAAGGUAUCUGCAUUUGAUGUUCAAUCACGCCUAGUUUUAUCUUCUCAUAUUAUUUCCUGAGUUUACGUCAAACCACAUGGGUUAAUGCUUUUUUAUCGUGAUAAACCGCCUUAAAUGGUGAAUGGUAUUUCCAUCAUGAAGAAAAUCGUAAAAAACAAACUUGAGAGUAGGAAAACCUAAAAGGUCUACUCCAUAAAGAUCGAGUAGUCAUUGAUACCCUUGAGGAGUGGGUUUCUAAAAUAGGCCAUUACUUUGAGAUAGCUGUACUUGAUUGCAUUCUCUAGUUUAGAGCCUUGAAAACCGAGACAAAAAUUCGACCUGCCUAAAAUAGAUGACAUGUAGGGUACUGUGUUAUUUAACAUUAUUGCGGUCUGUAUGCUUGCUUCUAUCUUUCCUAAUCUUGAAUCGAAUGUAACCUGCCUCUGAUUCAAUGCCAAGACUCAUGGUAUUACGGUAUUGAUUUCCGCAGAUUGGAAAAGCAGAGUUUUCUUUCCCGUCCUGGUUUUCUGUGGGAGCAAAAUCCUUAAUUCGUAGAAUUUUGGAUCCUAAUCCUGAAACUGUAAGUAUCUUCUGGAAGUCAGUCUUUGCAUCCUGUUUAUAAUAUUACCUCUCGAUGAUUAUGACAAUAUGCUUUCGGAUUCCAAAAGGAAUACUAUUGAUAUUAGGCGGGUAAUUCAUUUAUGCUGCUGGAUUUUGUACCGGUGCCAUAUCACCUUUGACAUAAAGUUCUGAGCAAUCUGUCUCUUUAAUUUUUUUUCAGCGUGUUCAAAUAUUGGACAUCAGAGAAGAUGAGUGGUUCAAGGAGGGCUAUGUUGCUAUUAAAAACUUUGAAACUGAGGACGUGAACCUAGAUGACAUAUCCAAUGCCUUUAAUGAUCCCGAGGUGCGCUUUUCGUAGAUCUUUUUCUUAACAUCUUUUGAUUUCGUGUAUAGGUAUUUGGCCUGUUGUUCAUUCUAAAAACAUUUGAAUUCCUGUGUGAAUAUCUCUAGAACUAGCUUCUCCUACCUGUGAUUGUCCUGGUUGAUGGCUUAUUCCUUUGAGCUAUUCUUCCAUUGCAGUAAAUUGCUUUCCAGCCUUCUCUUGACCCUCCUAGAGGAUGCAACACAGGGUUAGAGUCGGCCUGAAAUGCGGGCUUGAAGUUCUACCGAUCUUUUCCUCGUAAAAUCCUCUCUUGUUCUCUCUCCAGGGCUACGCGAAUGUGGAGUGAGGGGAGGGUUGUGUGAAGGCGCUCUUGACAAAGUUGUGAUGCAUCCAAUUAUACUGGUGAAAGAACUUCUAUGGAUGCUAGCGGGAUCUUCUACAUUUCUGAUUAAUUAGUCUUCCCCAGCAUCCAAUAUGUUGUCAAAUUUCAUGCCUUUAAUUUAAUCAAAUUUAAAAUUUAGUAAGAAAGGGAAGUAUACUCGUAGAAACCACUUUCAUUUCGCCUAUUCCAAUUUUCUGACUCCUGUUAGUUCUACAAGACUGUACUUGUCUAUUUGUAGGCUACUUCAAUUUGCCAAACAUAUCCUUCGUUUUGCUUCUCUGGGUGCUGCAAGUAUUACAUGUAGCCAUGUGGGUGGUCAUGAACAGACUCCGGCAAAUGUUCUCUGGAUAUUUUAUUUAUUUUAAAUACAUCUUGUUUAUUAUUUUUACUGUCUUUUAGUUUUUGUAAUGGUGUUACCUCCAUUGGAAUUGACAAAAAGGAUGUUGAGAAAAGAUUGGACUUCUCAACAUCUGAUAACCCGAAGAAUGCAAAAUUGAUCUAUACAUAUCACAAACCGCUCAGGAGGAAAGUGAUUUCAGAAGCCCAAAUUUUCAUGUUUUCUGUGUUCGUCCACCAAAAGUCUAUAAGAGUCUCACGAUUUUCCUUCAGAUCUAGUCAACCGUGAAUCAUCCCGAGUCGAGCCCUCGUUUCUUUGUUUACCGUGUAGUGAAUUCCUACCUGUUCUCGAGUCAGACGAACCGACUGGGGUCACCAUCUGCUGAUCCUCGAAUCCGUGCAAUAAGUGUACUCAAAUCCUCUGUGGACUUGCUUCAAAUCAUCCUCGUCUGUUGACGGAAGGCAUCACUGUUACGCUACCUUUAUGAAAUACCCUUUUUUCAUCUUCCUCAGGAUCAGCAAGGCAAUGGGAAAGUUGAAAACGGAAACGCGGGUCCUUUGAUUCUUAAUGCGUUUGAUCUGAUUGUCCUUUCUGAAGGGCUCAAUCUUUCGGCCAUGUUCGAUCGGGGACAGGUACUUGUCAGUUCAUGAAUUUGCUCUUGGUUUUGCGUCAUGUCUUUGCAUAUGAUCGAUGUGUUUUCCACAGCCAUGUGCUUUUGUGCUGCACUAUUGAUUUCUGUGGUCAUUGUUUUUCGUGCUUCAUCAUCUUGCUGUUAAGGUGCUGGAUGUGCAGUAGCUUUCUUGUCCGUGUAUUGCGCGGUAUCUUCAUUUUUGCUCGAAUAAUCUUGAAAGGCUUGCCCGGCGGUUUGCAUGGCGUAUCAUCUUUGCGAUGAUACUGUGUAAAGCGGGUGGGUCGGGUCGCCUCUCUGAGUAUUUGCCUUGCGGGUAUGCGACUACCAUCCCAGUGUAGAUGGUGUGAAUCGUCUGAGAGUCGUCCCUUCAUUACCGUUCAUGGAGAGAGGCUCUCUAUCUCUCUCUCUCACCGCUGUACAAGGCAAGAUGAGCAGGAAUGCUACCUGUCGUGACGUUGGCAAGCUCUUUUCUAAAACGAUGCUCUCCCCUGAGCGUCGUCAAUAUCUGCAUCCUAGUCAGGUCAUGAACGUAUCGUUUGGUCUGCAUGCGUCGAAACUGAAUUCCCUCUGGUUAACGAAUCCCUUUGUGUGCUCGAAGGUGGCGGGGACCUAAUGUUUUUGCCCCUCCCCCCACUCCCCUCCUAGUUUACCUAUGCAUGCAGCUUUUUAUUGAAGUGGCUGAUCUUCGUGUGGUGGCGUUUGAUCAGGAUGGCGUGAAGAAUCACACCAGAUUCGUCUCGCAGCAACCGGCGAAGGUCGUCGUGUCGACCAUGGAGGUCGUGGCGCAGUCGAUGGGCUUCAAGACGCACAUUCGUAAUUACAAGGUGAUACACACCAGCCCCUAUCGAGCUUUCCUUGGACUGUUAUCGCCCAUGGCCUUUUUCUGACUCUCCUUGUGUUGGGGAUGACGGGUCUAUAACUAGAUGAGGGUGGAGGGGCCUUCGGCGGACAAAGCCGCGCACUUCUCUGCCAUCUUGGAGGUAACGCUCGCUCCCGCUCCCCUCGUCCUGCCCAGGAGAGUCGUCCUGCUUAUUCCCGUCUCAUCUCUGCUUGGGCGAUCGCAGAUUUUCGAGGUCGCCCCCGCAUUCCUCAUGGUAGACAUCCAGAAGGCGGCUGGGGAUUCUGCAGAUUACCUCAAGGCAAGAUCCUCGCCUCCGCCGUUGUUGCGCUCCUCACUCUGUUCAUUGCUGUUGCCGUCGCCGCGCGGGAUGUCGGCUGAUCCUUUCGAUUUCCUCAAACUGACUAUCUGCGCUUGUUGCAGUUCUACAAGAGCUUUCGCAGCAAAGUGGACGACCUCGUUUGGAAGCCUCCCGCCGAGAAGAGCAGACCGCGCGUCGCCAAGAUGCCGAGGCGCUGA